UGACAGCGGGCCCGCGAUUCUGUCAGCAAAAAUAACGCGUGUCGAAAUCCAAAAAAAUCGAGCUCCGGCACUCGCCUUCGGUGUGGAACUUAUUGAUUUUUCCCUUUUUGCGCUUUGCACUAUAGUCGUUGCAGCGAUUCUUGUUCGCAGUUGUGAAUAAGAUUUACCUUCUCGCACCGUAACAAGAGACUAUUAAUAAAAGCGCAAAAUGGCUGCUGCAGCAAUGGCACAUGAGAAAGUGUGGCAGGACAAAUCCACGAUGAACGCAGCUGAGAAGACGUACUACGAGUACAUGGCGAAGCUUUCCGUUGCGGGGAAAAUGGAGUCGCAGGAUGGAGUGCCGGCGACUGGGCCGAAAAUAGAACAGCCAAAAAAAGGAAACGCUGCCGCUGCUCAACAACAAUCGGCAGCGUCACAGCAGCGACAGCAACAGCAGCAGCAGCAAGGGCAGGCAAGAAAGAUGGACGACGCAUCAGUCGAAUCUUCGUCACCACCAUCGCCACCGGCUGCCGAUGCUGCGAAGGCCAAGAAGGACAAAAAGAAGAGAAACAAGGGCAAGAAAGAUAGUACACCGACUGAUACUGAGUCUUCCGAAAAGUCACCGGUCGUGGCUGCCGAUGCACCAGCACCAAAAGCACAGCCACCCGCUGUCGCCGAGCAAGCCGAGCCACCGAAAGAAUCGGGAAAGAAAAAGUCGAAAAAGUCCAAGAAACCCAAGGGACAGGAAGAUGCAUCGGCGGACAACGAUAGCAACAAGUAUCAAGAGCAACAGAACGCCAAAAAUCUGAAGGAGAAGGAAAACCUGGCACACAAGCUGUGCGAUAACAUAACGGAGGAGCUGAACAAGAUCAACUCCGUUCCAUCUCAGUGCACGUUGGCUUCGGAAAUUUCGAAAGCCAGGCAACACAUCAAGAAUUCCCUCGAACGGAUGGAUGGUAUUGCCGCAUUGGCAGCUAGCCCCGGAGCCGAGUUGCUGGAUCGUUUGUCCUCGGUGGAGAAGGAAAACGAGAAGCUACGCUCGAUUAUUGACGGACUGAACAAUCUGGUCAUCGAUCUGCACGAGCGCGUCAGAACGCUUGAAUCGGGCAAACCGGCUGCUGCCAAACCAGCCGCUGCCGCCGCCCCGAAACCUGCCGCCCCCGCCAAGAAGGUUGAAGCGGAAGACGACGACGACGAUGAUGUGGAUCUGUUCGGUUCGGAGGAUGAGGAUGAGGAUAAGGCGGCGGCCGAGCUGCGCGAAAAGCGUCUGGCCGAGUACGCGGCGAAAAAGUCGAAGAAACCGGCCCUGAUUGCGAAAUCGAACGUUAUCCUCGACAUCAAGCCGUGGGACGACGAGACCGACAUGAAGGUGAUGGAACAGGAGGUGCGCAAAAUCAGCGCCGAUGGGCUGCUGCUCGGUGCGGCCAAGCUGGUCCCGUUGGCGUACGGCAUCCACAAGCUGCAGAUGUCGUGCGUGAUUGAGGACGACAAGAUUUCCGUCGACUGGCUGCAGGAGGAGAUCGAGAAGAUUGAGGAUUACGUGCAGAGCGUGGAUAUCGCUGCAUUCAAUAAGAUUUAAAGUGUGUGAGAAAAACUGUUUGCGAGCGUGGCCGGCAAUAUUUGGAGAGAUCAUCCCGUAACAUAUUUUUAAUCGAUUUUACUACAUAAAAUAACUCAAGACAGUAGAUGAGGCGGGAAGAACGUUAAGAGCAUGAGAAGAACGCUGGUCGGCACCUCCUUUCUAUCCUAGUGACGGUUGCUUCUUUCAAAUUGAAAGUACAUUAAUGGAAUUAUUAUAUCUUAUUGCAUCUGUGUAAAUCCGGGUUUGAUCAAGUAAACACACAUUUUCCACAUCUAAA